AUGGCUGUGACUUUACCAAGAAGCACUUUUAUUGAAGCGGCUGAGAAAUUCUUAGGUAUAUGUAAUGCCAACACUUAUGUGCUUAUUAAUCAACCAGGACUAAGGAAAUUGGACUUCUUGGAAUUUGAAACAGAGCUCGUUUCGCUACAGAGAUAUAUAAGACGGAGUUCAACAGCAAUUAAAUUCGAAAAGGUAGACUUGCUGCCCCAAGAUCUAUAUCAUAACCUUGCAGAGUUUGUAAAGGAGUAUUGUAACGUAGACCAAGUGUUGAGGUUGCGAGGUAACAAUACGGAAGAUUUCCAGCCCUUUAUUGAUAGCGAAAGAAGAGUGAUUAUAAUAGAGUACCCUAAGUUACCAGAAGACACAAAUGGACGUAGAGAAGCAUUUCGCCAUUAUGACAAGUAUUUAAGGACAAUACUGGCGCAGAUUCCGUCGCCAGAACAAAAAGUCAUUUACACCUCGUUGAACCCAGGAACUGCGCUGGCUCACGAGUCGAUCAUCCCUGUCGAAAUAUUCCCAGAUAUCUUUGAUAUAAAAUCCAGGGUGGGGGAAGUGGAACAAAAUGAUAGAGUUUUGGAUGUCCCCCGUCUAUCGUUCAAUGACUACGCUCCACGGUUUUCAGAGCCUCCUUCGGAAUAUGUCUCAAUAUUUGACUCAGAAUUGAUUGAGGACAAUAGAGGUUUAUUACAGCUGAUUUUCACAACAUUGGUUGGGUUCGUUCUUUUUCAGUUCUUUUUCAGAAAAAAAACCAUUGUAGAUACGAAGGCCAAUGACAACAUGAGACAGACGUCACCACAACAGUCGCAAGAACGACAAGAGACCGAAAAAACUUCAUCCGAGUAA